AUGCUGAGAUUAUACAACAAUGGUGCAAGAAAAUUUGCCCUCAAUGGAAUAGGAGCACUUGGGUGCACCCCAUUUGCUAUAAAUUCAUUGGCAAAAAAGACAGGGUCAAGGAAUGGGUGCACCUGCGCAGAAAAAGUCAACGAAGCAGUUCAAUUUUUUAACCAUGAACUUAUAUUAUUAGUUGAACAUUUCAAUAUCCAUUACCCAAAAGCCAAGUUCAUUUAUCUCAAUUACUUUGGAAUAGGUUCUAGCGAUCCAGUUCUUAAAGAAAGGAAAGUUAUAAACAAAAGCUGCUGCCCAUUAAAUGGUUUAGGUCUGUGUAAUACUGCAGCAAGUCCAUGUCCUGAUAGAAAAACCUACUUAUUUUGGGACUCUUUCCAUUUAACAGAGGCUGCUAGUGUAUUAAUUGUAAAAAGAUAUUAUAACUCUCAACUUCAGUCAGACAGUUAUCCUAUUGAUAUCAAACGACUUGCUGAAUUGAAACUCUAG